UCCACCCUCGCGUCGUGCCGGUCCGCGAUUUUCCUUACCCCUUACUCCCCGCCUCCCGCCGCACCCCGUCCCCACGUCCUUCUCUCGCGCUCGGCCCUGCCCAGUCUCCCGCGUCGUCCUCCCGCCGCAGCAUCCUCGGGCUGACCGAGGCGCGGGAGCUCCCGGGGCCGCGUCGCCCUCCGGCCGGCGUGGGACGAACCCCGGGGUGCGCCAGCCCUCGGCCCGGCCCUGGUCCUCCAGCCCCGGGCGGUCCCGGGGGGCGCCGCGGCGAGCACCCCGCCCGGGAGAGGGCCGCCCUCCCUACCAAGCCUCCGCCGCGGGCUGGGGCGGAAAACCCCGGAGGGGUCCCUGGGGCUGAUCCAGGGACUUUGGCGAGGUGGUCGUGGGGGGACACUUCUUUGACGUUCUUCAGUAUCAGUAGAGCACUGAGGAAUAGAUGCGGUGUCUUAGGCUCGUCUCUGGUGGGAAAAAAGCAGAAGUUGAAUUAUUCUCUGGGAAUUGCGUUCGCCAGUGAGUUUUAAUUAAAGCGUCUUGGGGACUGUUUACUUAAUUGGUCAUUGUUACCUUGACAAGCAUGGAGAUAAGAUUAGAAGUUUUGACAUCAACAAGUAUCAAGCAGAAAAAGCCUUGGCCAAGAGUCUCCUGGUUAGGACAGGAAAAUGAAGCUGUUUUUCUUUUGGAUGAUAAGUUCAUAAAUGAAAUUAAUUUGCUAUCAGGAAGAACAAAGAAGAAAAUUCCUUGUCUGCAGCCUUUACUGAAGGAUGUUAUUGUCCUAACAACAUCCAUUAAUGAUGCCUGGCUGGCUGGGGUACUCACUACAGGGGAGCUUUUUCUUUGGAACAAGGAUCAAGAUUGCUUAAAAACUAUACAGACAACUGAAGAGCCUAAGAAAAUGAUUCAAGCUGCAAUAGCGAGCUCCUUGAGACUGUACUUUUAUGUAUCUGGAAAUGGGAAGAGAGUUCUGCUUAUAACUCCUUCUGGAUGCAUAUUUCUUUGGGAAUAUUUGGAAUUCAAGAAUAUCUUCUCUUCUAAAAGCCCUUCAUUGGUAGGCCAGUGGUCCCAGAUCAUACCUGAAGAAGCAGUUCAUUUGCCUUCAAAUGAAGAUAAAGAAGCUAUAGUGCAUGCUGUUUUUAUAAAAAAUGAGUUAUUUGGAGAUUGCUGCUUGUGUUCAUUUACUUUUUAUUCUGGAGAAUGUCUGAAGUUGACAUUUCUAGCAAUUCGGUGGCAUGAAAAUGUAUUUACACCUAUAAGUUCAUUGCCAUACCAUGUUCAUUGGGCACAACAAAACUGCCAUCUGUGCAAUCUGGUUCCUAAAUGUGAAGCAGUGAAGUCAAGAGGAGCUCUACUUUCUGCCUUUUCAAGAGAUGGUGUUGCCUUGGCAGUAACUCUUAAUCAGAAAGAUCCAAAGGCAACUCAGGUAUUGUUUAUAAACACACUGAAUUUUGUUACUCUCUGUGGUAGCCUGAGAGGAUGUAGUAAUAAGAAUCCUGUGGUCCCAGCUACACUUACCAGGUCCUACUGGGUGGGUGAUAUCAGCUGGACUCAUGAUAGUCUUUUUCUGGCUUGCAUGUUAAAACGUGGCUCCCUGGUUUUAUUGACCUGUCAAGGUGAAUUGGUAACAUUAAUUACAUUUGGUUGCUCCAUAGAAUUUGGGCCAGCAGAAUUUAUUCCAUUUCACCCUCUAAUAACAUAUAGACCACAGCAAUUUACAUUUCAAGAUUUGAAUAAUUCUGUAGAUUCAUCAGCUUCUGAUAAUGACCCUAUGAGACAGAGAUUUUCUAUAAAAGCACACUCACGGUUACCCUACCUCAUUAUUUCUGAUGGAUACAUGGUCACAACUCUUCGAUUUGCUGAUAACCUGUCUCCAUCAGUGCUCAUGAGAUCCCUUCUACUUGAUUCAACCCAGAGGCUUGAGAAAACAUACCAAAGUAUGAUAUUGUCUAAGCCAAAAGGCAAAGGGCUGAAUUUGCGAUCACUGGAUUCCCUGAGAUGUAGCCUGUUAAAACACCAAGGAAAUCAAAGUUUAGCUGAUUCUACUGUCCCCAGAUUCUUACAGGCAGAAGAAACAAUGAACUUAACUGAAAAAACAGCAGAUUUCCAGGAUUUUGAAGCAGAAGAAACUAAUGAAGGCAUAUACUUUCCGGACAACUUAUUUUCACUUUGGAACCAAAAAAAUGAUUCAUUGUUCAGUAGUGUCAAGGAGGGAAGAUUGGAAUUUGCGUCUAUGUUUGAUACAAUACAUGCAAAAGAUAAUAUCAAGGAGACAGAUAAAACCAUUACAGAACUGCAUUCUGUCCAGAAAAAUCUCCUUGCAGCAUGGGCUAUAGGAAUUUCAAAAAAUGUGGUAGAAAAAAAUGUAAUGUUAAAUUACACAGUAGUUUGUAUCACUCAUUUUUUCUACAUUCUUCAAUUUUUAAAAUGUCCUUUCCCUGAACUAGAUCUUUUUUUAAGCAAGAGCACAAGACAAAAUGCAUGGGUACUAUGUAUCUUUCAACUUUUUCAUCAGUGUUUAUCAUUCCAUUAUUGGGAUAUGAGAUACAAACAAGAUGUGGGACAUUUGGUAAAGCUGACCUCAAAUACUAUAAAGCUUUUGCUGACUCAGCAGCAACAGGGUCAGUUAUUUUCAGAGAAGCUUUUGGCUUGUUUUCAUUUACUUAAAAUGGUAGCUGAUAAUUUAAAUGGCAUAUACAUUCUUCAACCUGAAGUUAUUUCAGCAUCAACUGAUGGAAGUAAAACAGCAGAUCAAGACAAAUGGGUGGUACCCAUUUUUCAAAUAUUUCAAGAUAGUGAUUCUCAGGAAAAGUGGUCUUGGAACUCAUCUUUCAAGAUUUGUCCUCAAGUAAUAAACCUUGCUCAACAACCAGGAUGCAGAUUGAUUUUUCUCUGGAGAGUGUUGUACAAAAAAACUUUAUGGUAUCAAACACAACUAAGUCGAAGACUUCCUGAAGGUGACAGACAGUUAACUGAAAAGAUGACACAGGAAGCAUCUACUGUCAAGGCUCUGUUAUGUCAUAUCCAGGCUAACUUGCAGACUGCUGGAGCUCACAUGAACCAAGCCUUGGAACUUAAAUCUAUCAGUGGUGAAGAGUGUUUCCUGUUAGGAUCAUAUGAAAAAUCUGUUCAACUGUGGAGGAAAGCUCUACAAGAAACUCAGGAGAAAGGAGGAAGAAGAACAUGUUUUCUUCAGAUACGCUAUUAUCUUUCUCUUUUAUACUGCUACCUCUAUAGCUAUAAUUUAAAUGAUGCUCAAGGAUUGUGUGAUCACCUAGUAAGAAUAAUUUUGAAGUGGUCCCAUCUACCUGUAAAAGAAAAUGAGGAUUGUUCAGUUCCCGAGAAGUCUCACUGUGAGUUUGGAAUAACGAGAAAUGUUCGUCCUGACGUGGCGGUGAGGGUUAUCCAGUCCAUGGCUCGUUUCAUGGCCGCCUAUUUCGCCAAUCAGCUGCUUUACAUUUUGCCACCUCACAAUGUGAAUGAUCUUCCUCCCCUUCAUGUUAAAACAGAAUACUCCCUUCGACUUAUUCCUUUACAACACUCUAAGGUGGCUAGUGUUGUAAGAGAUCAGAAUCUUUCUGAUGUGUGGACAGUUGAAUAUGCCUUUGAAUUAUUACUUAUUGGUGGCCUAGUUCCAGAGGCUGUGUGGCUGGCACAUAAACUUGGAGACUGGAAGACAUCUGUUUCCGUUGGUGUGGCCUUCCAACUGUUCUGUAAACAUGAUAGCAAUUUCAUAAGGUCCAACAAAAAGGGUCUGAAUUUACCUAUAAAUUUGACUCCAGCACAGAUUUUCCAGGAAAAACUGCAGUGUUUUUUAGGUCGGCCAGCCUCUUCUGAAGCAAAAAAUGAAAUGGGCUCAAGACACAAACAGUUUACAGAUCCCAUUGAAGAAGAUGUAAAUCUGCUAUUUGGUUCAGUGCAGGAAGUACUGAAAGCAGCAGUUAUGGCUGAUGCAGAUGUUUUAUCUGAGACAUUUCAGCUUCUGGUAAACUCUGCCAAAGACUUCAGUAGGAGACUGUGGGGCUUAGUGCCAGUUGGCCUGUAUCUUCCAGCUCCUCCAUUGUAUUGUCCUCAGCCAGCUGUUCUUAGUGAAGAAGAUGGUGAUGAUCUUCUUUUAAAAGCUGAGAAAGAGAACCGCCAAAAGGUGUCUGGAAUUCUUCAACGGGUCCUCUUGCUUUUCCGGGCAGCUCGAUGUUCUUUUCCUGUGGCACAGUGGUACAUCUUGCAGUUGAGAUGGGCAAGAAAAGUCAUGCAGAAGAUUCGAAUGAAAGGGUCCCUUCCUUCAUUGAGUCCUUUCCCUCAGUCAUUACUUAAUUACUGUAAAGGAGGGGUAGCAUUCUUUCGACCUGGAGCUGCUGGAGACCACAAGCUUGAUGAAGUUUCCAUUAAAGCAAUAGGUUGCUUCAGAGAACUUUGUGCUUUGUGUUGGAUGCUACAUAUCCGUGAUAAGUUAUCUUAUAGUUGCAGGCAGUAUCAGAAAGCAAGAGAAAAUGUGGAGGGAAAAAAGGACCUCGAAGUGGAGUUUGAUUCCUGCAUGGUUGAGCACUGUCUCAGUGCAGUGGAGUGGGCAUACAGAAUGCUGCCCUUCUCUCGAUUUGCUAAUAUCGAAGAACUUAUUCAGGAUCUAAUUUUGAGCCUUAUUGGAGAAUUGCCACCAAUCAGAAAGGUAGCUGAAAUUUUUGUGAGAGCAUUUCCCAAUCCUGAGGACAUAAGGGUUCCUUUAAGAGAAAAAUAUCACUCUCUUCAGCAGAGACUCAGACACUGUGUUGUAAAAGGUCCCCAAACUGAGGAAAUGAUGUCUGUUAUUAUGCAUUCUAUUCAUAAAGUGAGAGUGAAAGCCCUAAAACGUGUGCAAAGAAAUAUAGGCUCUUUUGAGAUGAAUAUCUGGGAACCACUUGAAGAAGAAAAACCAGCUGAGGUUCCAGGUUUUGAUAGGUUUUCCUUAGGAACUAGUUUGAGCAGGAGCACACUCACGGAACUGGGGAAUUCUCUAGUCCAUAGUGAUGCAGAUACAGCAGACACCUUCUCAGAAGCAUUGUCAGUUGAAGAAAAAAAUAGGAUACAUGUCUACCAAAGAAAUGCCCCAAAUCACAUGGAAUUUACAUUGACUGAUAAGUCCAAUGAAAAAAAGAAGAUAUGUAAUCAGAAACAAAAUCUUGAAAGAAAAGAUCAUGAAAAGUUAUCACAAAAUGCACUUCCUGUAAUAGGUGUUUGGGAAUUUGAACGUGAUGAUGAUGAAUAUAUUAAGUUCCUUGAUCUCUUCUUGAGUUAUGUUCUUGAAAGAGACCUACUUGAUUCUAAGGAUCCUGGCAUUCCAUUUCUAACCAGUUUUUCUGGACAUCUUAGAGAAAACGAACUUAAUUCUUUACUUUUUGAUGUGCAUACAACAUUAAAACGACGUCAAGGCAAAACCAAAAGCCAGAAUGUGUUUAGAGCUGGCUCCUGCUUUGUUGCUUCUGAGUCUUAUGAGUCUGAAAAAUCAGAAAACCAAGAACUUUCAGCUUCAGUCCCGGUUAAUCAAGGAAUCGGGCCAUUUUUAGAGAGCCCUUUGAAUGAAGUCGAUAAAAAGGAUGGGACAAGUGGAUUGUUUGGUUUAAAAAAAAAGUCAGUUUACAGAAUACAAGAUGACAAAUCAGAGAAACCUGUAAUCCAGAAAUUGUCAAACCAUAAUUUUUGGACUCCCAAGCCUAACAAAACUAGAAGGUAUACUUUUAAAGCAAUUCAGUGCAAUGAUAUUAACCCUCAAGAAGAUCUUCCUCUAGCACUAAAUAACACAUUUGGCAGUAUAAGAAGGCUGCUGGAAUGGAUGAUAAGGUGGUCUAAUAAAAGACUGCCCUCUGAUCCUACUCUCACUGAGUUAUCCUGGGAGUAUAGUCCUGUCAUUCGUGUAAAGACCUGUACAGCUGCCAUUCUUACAUCAUUGUGGCUUUUGGAACAACCAUAUUUUGCUACAUAUAAGGCAAAAAAUGUCACUUUUAAGGUGCUAGAGAAUUAUUACAGUCAGUCUCAGAAUGUACCCAGCAUAAAGAGUGAUUGCAAACCAGAUGCUGGCUGUUCUGUCACAGUAGCCACUCAAGAUCGGACUGAGGAAAGAAAUGAUCAAAAUGAAUCUCAUCAAAGUAUCCUGAAUAGAAUGCCAACCGAAGCAUAUAAUCCUGAAGUAAAAGAAACCAAAGAUGAGAUUAUUUCUGUCACUGAUGAUACUGAAAAAGAACUUAUAGAUAUUGAUGAGGAUCUUUUAGAAGUAAAAACAUUUAACCAAGAGGAAAUGGAAAUACACCUAUCAGACUAUGAAGAAGGUACCAAAGAGCCUGUUGGAAGUCUUAAAAGUUCCAAUAUUGCUGUUAACCUGCAGACUUUACCACAGCAUUUAGAAGAACAUUCCACAGGAGAGGUUCAGUGUCCAAGGGAAGAACCACUGGAGUCAUGUAUGGAGAAAAAAUCAACUGAACAUAAAUGUGCACAGAUCGCUGCAUUUAAAGAUGAAUCUUCCUCAGUUCCACCUUUUGUAUCAAAUGGAGUCAGUGUUGCUUCACAAACACCUGUGCCACCACUGCAGCAGACCCAGAGAAAUGAACCCAGGGUACAGUUGCCAGAUUCUUCGGAUUCUGUUAGGCAGAUGCUCCAAGAUGAAAUGUUUAAAUUAGUUCAGCUGCAACAGAUCAACUUCAUGAGCCUAAUGCAAAUAGUAGGAUCACCGUUUACUAACUUCCCAGAUAUACAUCAACAUCUACAGCAGCCUCAGCCUGUGCCUUUGGUGGGAAGUCAAGUAUCAAAUCCUACAAGAGGGAGUAAUGAUGCUGAUGACACCAGUAGAAAUUUUAAGGAGAGCUCUUUUAUUAAACCACAGUCCAGGGGAGAGGACACCACAGAGCCUGGCAAGAAGAGUCCACAUUGCCAUAAAGGAAUUGUGCAGUCUGAUCAAGAUAGUAAUGGAAAUUUACAGAAUGUACCACAUGAGAGUGUUCCUUUAUGUCAGUUAGAAGACCUGCCUCCCAAUACAGGAUUAACUCCAGCAUCUCAAAUCUUACCAGCAACUGCGCUGUCUCCAGCUCCUGCUGGAAAUACUCCCUUCUACCUUCUGUCUCCAUCUUCUCCCAUUCCGAAGACACCUAGACUUAUCCCAGCUGCAAAAAGUUUCAGACCUGGUGAUGGUUUUCCUUUGCUUCAGUUUCAGUCGAAGCAUGAAUUUAAGUCCCUUUCCUUCCAUACAGGAAGAGUUCCACAAGUUCCCUUCAGGCUCCUGCCACAGCCAAGAGAGGCAUGGGGAUUAUCUGAUUCCUUCCAGCCUCCUUUGCCACAGAGAACAAUGCACACCACUUCCGUGUCCCAUUUGAAUUUAAGCCACUGUAAUACUGAAGCCAUAAAAAAAGCUGUUGAGCAGAAGAAAUUGGCAGAACCUAUAAUUACAGAAAUCCCUAAGCAUGUGAACUUAGAUCAGUGUGUUGGACAAGAAAACUUGACACCUCAACAGGACUCUUCAGUAUUUAUAAAACCAGGAAAACUACUUGAUAUUAAGCCAGGGCCCCUUGAGAUAUCUCCACAGAAUUCCUUUGGACUUCCAUUAUUGCACCUGCAACUUAAACCUCCUUAUAUAGUUUCCUCUGCCUCAAGAGCAUCAGGAACAAUCCCCUCAAUACCAACCAGAACUGGAGGAGAAGAAAGAAGAUACCCAAGACUGUCAUUACUUCAUUCCUGCCUAUCCCCAGAAAAUAUGUACAAAACCCCACAACUUAUACCCCUUGAAAACCUCCUUGCAUUCAAACAAAGCCAAGAGAAACUAACACAUAAUUUAUUUGAACGAGGCGAUUCUGGACACCUUCAGCUACUAAAUGUCAAAAUAGAACCAUCUGAAAUGAGACAAGGAAAGGACAGUAAAAAAAGACAAAGACGACGAGCUGAGAAAGAGCUGCAAGAAAAAAGAUCAGAGAAACUGAAGAGAAAACCAAGGGUGGCUUUCCAACCAGAGGGUUCCCUUGUGAAUGAUAAUGAUUCAGAAAUAGUUAUGAAACCCAAGGAGCAAGAACAUCCUGGUUCCCAGCCUUUGGAUGACUUCGAUAUUCCUUUUGAAAUGCUACAAGAGGAUAUUAAUACUUCAGCUGGAUUGCACUUUAUGGCCUCUGUGAGAAAGAAAGCUGUAGAAUGUCAGGAUGCAAGUACAAAUACAGACCCAGAUAAAAAAGCUACUUCUGAAGAAGUUGUUUCUGAAUGUAGUAAAAAUCAACAAAUCAUUUCUUCCAUAUCAGAACAUGAACCUUUGAAUGUUCCUCAAGUGUUAGCUCCCGAUGUAUGUCUAAAUCUCAAACUUCACACUGAAAUAUCAGAGGAACCUUCAUCACCUUCACCGUCUGGUCUGGUUAGAAACACUUACAUAAAUGUGAUUGAUAUUAAAGCUGAUGAUCUACAGGAACUGCCUGAUAAAGAGGGACCUUCAAAUGAUACUAUUACCAAACAGCCAAGUGAUCACCUGGAGAUCCCAUCUUCUGCAGAGUUACAUUAUAUGGCAGCUUCAGUUAUAAAUACUGUUCCCUUGCACACUGUUAAGACUGAAGAGUCAGCCAAUUCCACUAUGGAUUUAUUUUUUAAAUCUGCAAAAAUGUCUCCACCCUGUCUGGAUGAAAGAAGCUGGAGAGCAGGCAGUACAGAGGUGAAGAACACUGGGAUUGCCUCACCUAUACCAUCAGAAUUACAGCAGGACAAAGAUAUGCUAAAGCCAGAUUUUCAAGUCAAAAAACAGAACUUGAAGUCAGCUGCUGCUGAGGAUGAUCCGCCAUGGGAGCUCCUGCAGGAUGUGUCUGCAGCUCGCCGCCUAGAGCGUCUCACAUCUAAGCUUCAGGAAAUUGAUGAACAGCUGUUAGCAAUACAGAACAUUGCUGAAAACAUAGAGCAGGAUUGCCCCAGAUACAAACUGCUAGAUCGACAUUGUGAUAAGGUGGAACCUGAAGAUCACAUUGAAUUGUCUUCUAGUCCUGAAUCUGAAAGAACAUUGGCUUCAAAAGCCAGUGGCAUUUCUGAAGUACAUUUCCUGACUCAUACGAAUAAGGAUGCUCAAUGUGCCAAAGAGGAGACUUCAGAAGCUGAAUUUUCAGUGACAGAAACUCAUUCUAGUCAGAAAACUUGUGUGUUUCCUUCUGCUGACUCAGCUCUCAGCCUUUUCAGUGACCAGAAUACAACUUCUCCUGGUGUGAAUAACAGUGAUGAGUUAUUUGAGAGCGUUUCAGUAGAUCCACUCCAGCUGACUGGAUUAACUGAUAUUGGAGACAUCAUUGAGGACCUUAUAACAAAAGACGGAGUUUCCAGGGAGGAGCUUGGUUUAACAGAACAACAAGCUAAGAGUAUCUGCAGAAUUCAGCAUUCUUCUGGUAGACGAACACAAAGAACUGAGAAGGAAAGAAGAGAAAUUCAGGUGUGGAUGAAAAGAAAACGCAAGGAAAGAAUGGCGGAGUACUUACACCAGCUGGCGGAGAGGAGAGGGCGAGAGCAUGACCCUUUCUGCCCAAGGAGCAACCCAUUUUACAUGACUUCAAGGGAAAUCCGGCUGCGACAGAAGAUGAAGAACGAGAAGGACAGAUUGCUACUCUCUGACCACUAUAGUCGGCGGAUCUCACAAGCGUACAGUCUGAUGAAUGAACUGUUAACUGAGUCAGUACAGCUCCCAACAGCUGCACAGAAAGCCCUGCCUAACAAACCCAGAGCUGCUCCCCUUUCCCAAGAGCAACAUUGUCUUUCGCCAAGAAGAGAGAAUCAACAUGGUCACAAUAUUCCAGUAAAUCAACCUGGAAAAUUCAGAUAUAUAUCCAGACCAAGUUAUAUCCGAAAGGGGAAACCUCAAGGCCUUCCUUGGCCAUGUGGAACUGCUACUUACAGCAUACAGAGCAAAGGCGGCAGAGGCAAAGUGGCCGUAAGGAAGGCUGUGGCCUCUCCAGUUACCUUCCAAAAAGAUUGGCUACCCCGAGCAAAUCCUAGAGAAACGCACUCGGAUCUGAAGCGAAGGAGAUUACCAAGUCAUCCCUGCCGAAAGCAAGGUUCCGGUGCUCCAUGCCGUGUGCAGUGUACGAGAAACCACGUCACGGCCGAGCUUUCACCUCAGUCAAAGCAGGUGUGUGUAGAGUACGAGAGGGAGGAGACCAUGGUGAGUCCUUGGAUGGUACCUUCACGCAUCCGUACAAUUCUUCAGGAGAGCCACGGUUCCCUUCUACAGGACUUGUCAGCCGUUGAGGAAGAGCGAGAGCCUCCUUCCCGCGGCGCGGACAGUGUGUCUGAGAGCACCGGCAGCAUCCUCAGCAAGCUUGACUGGAAGGCCAUUGAAGACAUGGUGGCCGGUGUGGAGGACAAGAGCCUGUCCGUCCACCGGGCCUGGGACCUGUAAGACCCGAGUAUCUGUUGCCAAGGAAAGCCCGGCACCUCAGUGGUUGUCAUUCUGAAAGAUUUGUGCAUUUGAAAGAGAGAAGCAGUGAAGGGAGCCAUGUGUACACACCACCAGCAACCAUAUCUUACGCAGAUUAGCCAUGGCAAGAGGGAAAAUAAACACUUCUCAAUAAUUUCGCCUUUGUGGGUAAAGGGUUGUUUAACUAUAGAUCUGUUACAUGCUUUUGCAUUUGACCUAUCCUUAGACACCAUUUUUUAAAUGAUGAAAAAAUGAAAAGUAACUUUCAAGUCAAGUUUACAUAAUAUUUAAGUUACUUUCAAUAAAAAAUCUCUUUCGUCUCC